AUGGCUUCAUCUCAGACAGCAGUCAAUCGAUUCAUUCAAGGCAUCAACACUGCCAAGGCGGAACUGAUGUUGAGUUCAUUUGCCACCGAUGCGGAAAUCAUUGACGAUGGAAAAAGUUUCAAGGGUGACGCGAUCAGACUUCUAUGCGAACAUGGAAUCAUCGGUCAUCAUGCUCGAGUGCAGAUACUCGAGCAAGAAGUACAAAGUGAUGGCAGGACAUACCUUCACAUCGUGAUGGAUGGAGAUUUUGCGAAGGAAUUCGGCAUUCACGAUCCAUUCGAUCUGUUUCUCAUGUUCACCACCAAGAACGACAAAGUCCAACACCUCGAGAUGGGUGAUGUGGACCCAAAGAAACCGACAAUACGCACUAUCUACGCAUCAGUCGGCAAUUCAAUGGACCCAUUGUCGUCAAUCCGAAUCAAGAGACGAAAUCCCCCCGAACCCCAAGAGGGAUGGGUCAAAGUGAAGAUGCACGCCGUGGGACUGAACUUUCACGACAUUUUUACACUGCGUGGUAUUGGGAAGCACGAGAUUCGAUUUCCGAUGAUCCUAGGCAAUGAAGGUGCCGGUAUCCUCGAAAAUGGAACGGAGGUUGCCCUCUAUCCGAAUCUCGGAGAUCCAGAUUUCAAAGGCGAUGAGACGAUUGAUCCAAAAAGACAUGUUCUAGGUGAAAUUGUGCAAGGAACAUUGGCGGACUAUGUCAUGGUGCCGAAAAGAAACGCGGUACCAAGACCAAAGGGCCUGGAUGCGAAUGCUGCAAGCGUCAUGGGAAUUGCUUGGUUGACAGCGUACAGAAUGAUGUUCAACAAGGCCAAGCUCAGGGCUGGUCAGACUGUCUUGGUACAAGGCUCCUCUGGCGGCGUGACAACGGCUCUGAUUCAACUGGGCUCCGCCGCGGGCUUUCGUGUGUGGGCAACGGGCCGCACAGAAUCCAAACGAGCACUCGCAAAACAACUCGGAGCUGAACGCACUUUCGAGCCUCUGGCCCCUCUGCCAUAUCUCGUCGACGCUGCAUUCGACACGUCCGGCGCCGCGACCAUAUCCCAUUCCGUCGCAUCUGUGAAAGCAGGCGGCAUCGUUGUUUCAUGCGGUAUUCAUUCAGACGGUCGCUCCGUCAACGUCUCCAUUGAUCUGCUGAGAUUGAUCGUCGACCAGAUCACGCUUACCUCAGCCUAUAUUGGGACCAGGGAGGAAUUUGUCGACUUGAUGAGUUUCGUGGUGUCCAAGGGGAUCAAACCGCAUAUUGGCAAGGUGUUACCGUUGGAAAAGGCAGAUGAGGGUUUCAAGGACUUGUGGGAGGGUAGGACGGAAGGGAAAAUCGUCAUUACAAUUUGA